AUGUCGGCCGAGCUCCCCGGUGCCCGCAGCGGCGCUCUGACCGUUCCUGGAGCCGCUUCCCGCCCGCGCUCGAAUUCACUCUCGAUGGCGACCGAUUUCUCCACGUCGGGCUUCUCACCCCAGGGUCAAUACGCUUUGCCCUUGCCCAUACCCGUGUCAAGCUCGAACGCCAGCUCGGACGCGAAUCCAGCCUCUCCGCGAAUGGCCGCGCUUUCGCCGCCGACUUCCCCACUUUCGGCCUCUUUGCGGGCCUUCUCCACCCUGACGCUCAGUCCCCCGACCACGCUCGACUCGGAAGAGUUUCAAAAGGCGCUGAGCCAUGCGAGACGGGCAUCCUUUUCGAAUUCGGGCGCCAGGCCAAUUGUUGUGUCGGAAGAGACUGCCUCAAACGUUCCCGGGAUGAGCGGAAGCCCGACCAGCUCGGCGUUCUCGGACCAGCUUCCGACGCCCUCGUCCUCGCCUCAGCAGACCCCCGCCAACUCCAACGUCGGCGUAGGCAUUGGAGCCAAGGUAAAGGCCGCCUCGAUCAAAGCGGGUGGUCUCGGAGGGGUUUGUGAGAAGGACGAGUUGGCACUCGCGGAUGACGAGGAAGAUGAGGAUGCAGUGGAUCCAAGAUCAGCUGCGGCCUUGUCCUCGUCCGCCUUGUUCGCGGACGGAGCAAGAUGGGGAUGGCCACAAACCUCGAAGUCUGGCAACUCGUCACAAUCUGGUGCAGCGGUAACCUCUCCACCGACUGCUGCUGUACCGCACACGCGCAGAGCCAGCGGUCCAACACUCAUACCACUCGGCAGAGUAGUGUCCGCCGGGGCUGGUCCCCCUCCCGCACCCACCUCAGCUUCCAACGGUCUCGGCUUGUUCCGGCGAUUGAGCGUAGGCGGAUUUGGAAGCAAGGUAAGUCGGACGCGCGCAUAG